UUACAUUAGACACAUUUUUCAAAAAAGAAAUCACCUGUUAUCAUUGGGAAAACACUCUGUUCAAAAUGCAAAACUCAUCUGGCAAUUAUAGGCACUUACAUACACACCUGAAAACACUUGUACAGAAAACAGAACACCAAUCGGUCUGAGCCUUAGCACUACAAAUAGGCCUCAGGUAAGACAUUCUGAGAACUUUGCAAGCAUGGAGGCAAUGCGAGUAAGAGUAAGAGGAGGACAAAGAGAGAGAGGAGUUGGACGUGGACGUGGACGUGGAAGAGGACAAAGACGAGGACCAGUGCGGAGACGUGUAUCGGAUGACAUCAGGGCUACUCUGGUGGACCAUGUCAUAAAUCAUGGCUUAUCCAUGAGGGAGGCUGGGCAAAGAGUCCACCCUAACCUCAGUCGCUACACAGUAGCAUCGAUAAUAAGAACAUUCCGACUGGAGAACAGAAUGGUUGGGCUACCUCCUCGAGGUGGAAGGGAACGUCUCUUUAUUCAAGAACAAGAGCUUGCCAUCGUUCAAAUGGUGCAAGAAAAUAACGCAAUCCGACUUCGUGAGUUGCAACAGCGCAUAAUUGCAGAUAGAAUGGUAUUCAACAAUAUCAACAGGGUCAGCAUUUCUACAAUAAGUCGCAUCCUACAGAAACAUAACUUCAGAAUGAAGCAGCUGUACAGGGUGCCAUUUGAGAGGAACAGUGUCAGGGUCAAGGAUCUGCGCCAUGAUUAUGUGCAGACAGUUUUGGAUUUUGAUGCCGCCGAACAGCCACAUGAGUUCAUCUAUGUGGAUGAGGCAGGCUUUAAUCUGGCCAAAACCAGGCGUCGAGGCCGUAACAUAGUUGGACAAAGGGCUGUUGUAAAUGUCCCUGGGCAACGUUGGGGAAAUAUCACCUUGUGUGCUGCAAUUAGUGUCCAAGGAGUCCUGCAUCAUCAUGCCACUCUAGGUCCCUACAAUACAGGACAGACCAUUGUAUUUCUAGAUGCACUACAUGCAGUUGUACAGGACAAACCACAGCAGCCCAGGUUUGUUGUCAUCUGGGAUAAUGUUAGUUUCCACCGGGCUGCUCUGGUCCAAGAUUGCUUCACCAACCAUAACAAUUUUACACCUUUAUACCUGCCCCCUUACAGCCCCUUUCUAAAUGCAAUCGAGGAAUUAUUUUCAGCAUGGCGGUGGAAAGUCUAUGAUCGGCAACCACACGCCCGCAUGCCUCUUCUGCAAGCAAUGGAAGAGGCAUGUGGAGACAUUGAGGUGGGAUCCAUCCAAGGGUGGAUUAGGCACACAAGACGAUAUUUUCCCCGAUGCCUAGCCCGCGAGGACAUCGCCUGUGAUGUCGACGAUGUCUUGUGGCCAGAUCCAAACAGAAGGUGUACUUUUGCAAAAGGUGUGAUCACUUUUCUCAACAAUCUAUAA